AUGUAUAGCAUGAUGAUGGAGGCGGACAUGCACUCCCCCGGUGGAGCCCAGGUCACCACCAACCUGUCGGGCCAAACCGGUGCGGGAGGAGGAGGAGGCGGCGGUGGAGGCGGCGGCGGCGGGGGGCCCAAGGCCAACCAAGACCGAGUCAAGAGGCCCAUGAACGCCUUCAUGGUUUGGUCGCGGGGCCAGCGGCGGAAGAUGGCCCAAGAGAACCCCAAGAUGCACAACUCCGAGAUCUCCAAGCGCCUGGGCGCUGAGUGGAAAGUCAUGUCCGAGGCGGAGAAGAGACCCUUCAUCGACGAGGCCAAGCGCUUGCGGGCGCUGCACAUGAAGGAGCACCCGGAUUAUAAAUACCGGCCCAGGAGAAAGACCAAGACUUUGCUAAAGAAGGACAAAUAUUCGCUGGCCGGCGGGCUGCUGGGCGCCGGCGGUCCCGGGGGCGGCCCUCCGGUAGCCAUGGGCGUGGGAGUGAGCCCCGCCGGCGUCGGCCAGCGCUUGGAGAGUCCCGGUGGAGGUGGCCCCGGGGGUGGCGGGAGCGGCGGCGGUGGCAGUGGAGGCGCAGGCGGGGGCUAUCCGCACAUGAACGGCUGGGCUAACGGCGCAUACCCGGGCUCGGUGGCGGCGGCGGCGGCGGCGGCGGCGAUGAUGCAAGAGGCACAGCUCGCUUACAGCCAGCAUCCAGGCAGUGGUGGACACCCGCACGCCCACGCUCAUCACCCGCACCCGCACAACCCGCAGCCAAUGCACCGCUACGAUAUGGGCGCCCUCCAGUACAGCCCCAUCUCCAACUCGCAGGGCUACAUGAGCGCCUCGCCGUCGGCCUACGGCGGCAUCUCCUACGGCGCUCAGCCACAUCAGAACUCGGCAGCUGCAGCCGCCGCGGCAGCUGCAGCCGCCGCGGCAGCCUCGUCAGGAGCUCUCGGAGCGCUGGGAUCCUUGGUCAAAUCCGAGCCUAGCGUGAGCCCGCCCGUCACCUCAGCGCACUCACGGGCCCCUUGCCCCGGGGACCUGCGCGAAAUGAUCAGUAUGUACUUGCCUGGCAGCGAAGGAGGGGACCCGGCAGCUGCCGCCGCCGCCGCUGCAGCUGCGGCCGCUGCCCAAAGCCGGCUCCACUCCUUACCCCAGCACUAUCAGGGCACCAGCACAGGGGUGAACGGCACCGUGCCCUUGACGCACAUCUGA